CAAAAAACGGCUAAUCUACCAUUCUGUAAAAGACUGCCUAUAUAUUUGCUAUAUAACUCAUCUGUGUACACAAAUUCCAAGUUCUCAACUACAGGUUUUAGUAUCUGCAGUUGAGAAAAGGAUAACCAGAUUUUUUGUUCUACUUUCAUUGAGAAAAAAAUAGAAAAAAUGAGCAUAACCCCACUAUCUUCUCAAAAUAGAAAGAAUGAGCAUAACAUCCUCUAUCAGCUCAGUUCUGUUUCCGAUGCUAGCUGACGCUUCCAUGACCUCCAUCUUUCAAAAUGGAUCUGCUGCUGAAUAAUACAUCAAUAUCUGAACAUUAAAUUUUGAAGUUGUGGAUAUUCUAAACAAUCUAAGGAUAAUGCAAAAAAGUGAUGAUGAAACUUUGGUUCCUACUUGAAUGGCCAAAUUGGGUAUGGUCUCAGAACAAAUUCAUGUAAUCCAAAUGGUGAGUGGUGGGGUAGGCCUUGUAUUGGAGUCUCUAUCUAUUUGAUCCACGUUGGAUUUUCUGGUCAUCUUCCAAAGAAAUGUUUUUCCCUGCACUUUUAUGCAAACUUGCUUCCUGUAUAAAUUCAACUUGACAGCUUACAGUAAGGAUCAGAAAUGGCCAGUCAAUCAGCUCUUCAAACUGAAAGACUGCGCAGAGGACCUUGGCUUGAAGAAGAAGAUAGGCGGCUCACCAUAUUCGUAACUCGUAUGGGGGAGAGAAAAUGGGACUUGAUUGCCAAAGCUUCUGGGCUUGAGAGAAGUGGAAAAAGCUGCAGAUUUAGAUGGCUAAACUAUCUCCGCCCCAAUCUUAAACGAGAUCGUAUAAAUUCCGAGGAGGAAGAAAUCAUUCUGAAACUUCAUAAGAAAUGGGGUAACAAAUGGUCGAGAAUUGCACAAUGGCUUCCAGGAAGAACUGAUAAUGAGAUCAAGAACUACUGGAGAAGCCAUUUGAGAAAGAAGUUCCCAAUUCAACUAGAAGGGAACAAAGUAGAACAGAGGAAAGAGGACAAAGUCUCAUUGAAGAAAUGUGGCCUACUAGUAAGUCCAAUUAGGCAUGACCAUAAUGAAAGGAAAGACAUUCCAUCGUGCAACAUUUCCUACAAUCAUUUUGAUUUCGGGUUCUCAAACCUCGCAAUCACAAGCUCGCCUUACGAAAUUCGGGUAUCUAAUUGGAUUUCACAUCAGUUGACAAAUGAGAAGCCGGAAGUGAAUGAUCAUCACGAAGAUUGCAACAGUUUAGACUUCUGUUUUUGUUAUCCAAAUAUGAACUUUGCAGAAAGAGAUGAUAUGACAGAUCAUUUUUGGGACUCCUUGGCUUCUCUUUGGGAUAUGGAGUAAUAGAAAAUGAUAUGCAAAUCUAGUUAUAAUGUAAAUCAAGUGAAAAAAUGUUAACACAAGAUAUGUAAAAAAAAUGUUGAUAUUAUAAAGAAGUUGACAUGCAUUUAGAUCCA